UGCUCCUGCUCCUCCGACGCACACGCUGCCGAGGCUGCUCGCGACGACGAUGCUGGUGAUGCUGAUGAUGAUGUUUGCGUAGGACUGCUUUAUUUUGCAGGGCGGCGUUGGUUGACGAGUCGAGACUGUUCGAACAAACUCCAGACAAGCGGCGAAUAGAACUGUGUGUGUGUGUGUGUGUGUGUGUGUGUGUGUGUGUGUGUGUUCGGGUGUGUGUGUGUGUGUGUGUUCGGGUGUGUGUGUGUGUGUGUGUGCGUGAGUGCUGCCCUGAGCACAUCCUCCAGAGAUGUCGGCAUUGUUAUUAGUGGCGCUGCUGUUGUGAUUGUUGGAGCUCGUGUUCGUCGCCCGUGGAGUGUUGGUUUUUUUUCUUCUUCCACUUCUGCGAGUAUGGAAUUGGACGUGGAAUAUUUCGCAUGUGACUGACAAGACGUGUGUCGGGGAAAGUAGUCAGGGAACAAGGCAUUUCUUGCUGGAGGACGCAUCUGCCGCCCCGCCGACAUCAGCCCCGUGCUCAUCACUCCACCGACGCUGGGGACUUUUGUUUUUUGGUGUUUUUUUUCCCCCUUCGCUCGUCUUAUCAUCCAGUGGCUGAGGUCCACACGCACAGAAAGCUCUCGGAGGUCGGGACCUGCAGCUCCGAGGAGCCGCCGCUUCCUUCGAUGUGACACGGCGAAUUCCUCUUGUCUCUGAAGGGUGUUGAUGGAGAGCCAUUCGAAUGACAGCCGGGACAGUGGUCAUUACUGGUGGAAUUCUAGCUACAGUAAUAUUACUCCUUAUCAUCGCAGUCCUGUGCUACUGUAGACUGCAGUACUAUUGCUGUAAGAAGGAAGAGUCAGAGUCGGAGGAGGAGGAGCCAGACUUUGCAGUUACGUCCCGCCUCCCGCCGGUCCACUCCAAUCACAACAUUGUGGCGGCGACGGCCGCCGCCUCCUCCAUCCCAAAUGGCCCCGCCCUUUUCUCCACCCCUCCGCUGGCCAGGAAACUGACACGUUCGCAGACCUUCUGUCCAUCCUGUACACAUUAUGAGCUGCCUUUCUACCUCCAGCCCCCUCCGCCGCAGAUCCACCACCAACCAGAUGGGUUGAGGAACGGAGGAGACCGGAUCAGCUACCGCAGCGUCCAGCAGCAGGACCUGGACCUACCAGUGCCUGUGAACAUUUCAAACUAUCGCAAACCAAACCUCGCCCGGUCGGUCACCAUGAGGGACAUGUUCACACGCAGCUGCAGCAUCAGCACUGAUGUUUAGCUGAGUGAUGUUGGAACUUGGUGUAAGCUCAUGCUUGAAUGGCUUGGAAAGGCCUCGGCUGGACUGGGCUUGAGUCUGACUUUGUUUGUUUCCCAUCCUGACCAGUUUAGUCCAGUCUAAUAUUGUUUGAUGUAAUCUGGUCUCACUCCUCUGGUCACCUCUUGCAGAAUGGAGGACUCAGAUGGCUCUCAGGACAGCAUUUUCAAAGCUACUAUGCUCAGGUCCAGGACCUUACACUUGGACCAAUAUAGAAUUAAAAGUAUUUGUUAAAUUAAAAAUGUUAAAUUAUUAAUAACACAAAUUUGUUUUGAAUAGUGCUUUUUUUUAAAAAAAAAAUAAGAAUGGAAUUUGUUUUAAAAUUUAAUCAAAUUUGUUUAGCCCCACCUCCCCUGGAAUCUUCCACCCAUGGCCUGAAAGACGGACAGAUUCCCGCUAUGUCAAAAUGGCAUAAUCGGCGGGGGUUUGCUCUCUGCCAUAGCUGCUACAAACAAAUUAUGAUGAGGUAAAGGCCAGUGUUUUCCUCUUCUAUGAUGGGAUGAUCUGUCCGUUCCUCCAUCCACAGAUUAUAGAGAUUAUAGAUUAUAACUCGCCACCAGUGGAAGGACUAGACAGUGAUGGGUGGGCGUCAUGCUUUAGCUGCCACCCACAGAUAUUUUAGAUAGAUCUAACUUUAGGCCAUGACAUUUUAAGACAUUAAGGGCUCACAGAAGAUGGCUUGUUUUCCACACCCAGUCAUAGAGGUCUCAAAGUGUAUAUACAGUACUCUACACUUACAGAGAAAGACCUCUAUGUUCUUGCCGGCAGGUUGGUCCAUAGGUGCCAAAGGAGGGCUGGGUUCCUCCGUUUGUGUGCAUAUGUGUGAGCGAGCUUGCAUGAGUGCGUGUGUGACUUGAUCGAUUGUUAUACUAGAACCCUAGAAUCCUCCUCCCAUUCAAUUAAACACAAUCUGUUACCCCCGAUGAACCCAGUGGUGGGUUGCAAUAACAUUUGAAACAUUUCAUUGUAAAGGUUGAAUUGUGAGGUAACGUUCCCAUGUGUGGCUUUACCCUAAAUUCAUCUAAAUCCAUGUCAAUGCGAAGAACGACCCCAAACAGCUUAAUAUGACAAACUCGGAGUGGGUCUGCAACAAUCUUGUAAAUGUUUGUUUUACUGAUUAAUGCCAUGACACGGGCUGGAGCUGCAGGUGUCACUCAGAGGCAAAUGUUUUUAUGGCGACACCUUUGAAUUUACAGUGUGAUCUUCAUUAUAGUUCUUCACUGACGUUUGAGUGUGUGGACUUUUUCACUGCAUUUUAUUGUGUUGUCUCGGAUCGGUCGGUAUCUGGAUUCAUGGGAGAACGAUCCGUUCACCUUUAAAGACACGUGUAUGAAUAUUUAACGGGCCAUAGCAUACACUGCAGUGUCUCCCCUCGCUCGACUUGUGGGACCCAGGAAUAUUUCUCCGCCUCCUUCUUGGGUUUGUGCGUAUUUUUUUACUGCACUUGGCCGACCAGCCUGGCAGGAGGGCUGAGAUUCUGACUGGAGGUUUAUGGACACAGGACACACAUUUAAUGAAUGAAAUCAUUUACUGGUGGCUGUGUGAGGAGUUUGAAGCUGAUUGGAUUUUCCCUUCCUGGAUAACCCACAACCCUCAAAAUGGAUGGUACAUGCUCUCUAUCUCUCUCUCUCUCUCUCUCUCUCUCUGUGUGUCUAUUGAUUUGAUCAGAAAUCAUGCUAAUUUAUUUUAAGUUUUUCCUCUUGUGACAUGUGCUUUCCUGCAGAACACCACAUAAAUCCAUACACACACCACAAAAACAGACGCGCACAUACAUACACACACAGACACACAAUAGUUCUCAAUGCUAUGCUUUCCUUACUUUUGAAACUAUGUGAGAGUUGCACAGGAAUUGUAGUGCCAUACAGAAUUAUGAGAGAAAUAUUAUUAUUAGUAGUAUUAUUAUUAGUAGUAUUAUUACAAGUGUAUAUUCAAAUGCAGUGUUGCUUUUACCUUAAAGUAUUUGAAUUACUUGCUUUAUUUUAUGAGCCAGUUGUUUUUUUCAGACUCAGUACAGUACAGCAGAAAUGUUCCUUGUUUCUAAUGUAUAACUAACAGACACAUUGUUGCUAAUAAAAUGGUGUGAAAAUCUUU